UGUCAUUAUCGAAUGGUCAGAAAAGAUGACAUGGAUCGUUACGUUUGUGAAUGGGAAAAUGGCCCGAUUAUGCCAAAUAUGAUUUUUCAGCUAGAAAAUUUUCUCCGGUAUAACGCAAAGCGUGAAGAAACCUCAAUAACGGGUCUGAUAAGCGGCCGUUUUAAUUGUCCAGCAAUGAAUGAAGCGGCAGGGCUUGGAACCAAUCUAGAAAAUUUUCUCCGGUAUAACGCAAAGCGUGAAGAAACCUCAAUAACGGGUCUGAUAAGCGGCCGUUUUAAUUGUCCAGCAAUGAAUGAAGCGGCAGGUCUGGGAACCAAUGUAGAUUUCAGCAGUUUCGAAUUUCAUCUUGGUUUAACUUAUGAAUUUGAGGGCGCUCUUGGAAUUCUUGGUGUUUGA